GCGCGUUAAGCCACGCCCCUGUUUCCUAGGUAACCGGGUAAACAGACCUUAGUCUCCUUUCUGCUAGGUGUUAUUUCGUAGGCAGGAAGCUGUGGGCAGGGAGUCCGAGUUGAGAUGUGUUCUUUCGUGAGAGUGGGGUCCCCCAAAGGUUUGGGGCACCCCAAGGGAUUAGGAACUUUCCUUGAGCCAGGUAUAGACUUCCCCUUUGAGAUGAGUGCUGUUGGAGGAAUGGGGGUGUCUGAGAGGAAAUCUCCCCAGAGCAUAGAGGAUGGGCCCACUCACGAAGGGAAGGAUGAUUUAGGAGAUUUAGGAGAGAGGGGGGUCGUCAUGGGAACAAAAUCUCCCACAGAGUUAGGGUUGAGAGUGGGAUUAAGAAAAGAAGAUUCCUCAUGUAGGGAGAACCUCUUGGUUAGUAAUAAAUUUGAGAGGAAUGCAUCACCCGAAACAAAAUCUCUGUUGAGCAAGGAGCUUGAAAUGAAAUUAAAAAGACAGAAUACGUCUAGGACCCUCACGGAGAGGAGUAAUUUAGGAGUCUAUGGGGUCUCAGCCUCACGGGAAACAAAACCUCUGGGUACGGUGCCAGGAGGAGGGGGUUUAGAAAAUGAGUGUCUUCUGGCAGGGUGUUCUGGAAGGAUAAUACAGCCUCCCUUAGGCAUGGUAGGCGAAAGUCCACAGGCUCUAGGGAGCAGGAGAGGCUCUGCAGCUGGUUCCCCUAAAGCGUUAGGGGCUUCAGUAGGGAAACAGCCUGCUUUGGAUAUGGAUCCUAGACAGGAACUGGGAAGAGGUACCUGUGUGGUAAUGGAGCCCAGUGCAGAGGUGAAGCCUCCUGCAGUGGUAGACACUGGUCUAGAAGAGCCAGAUGAAACAGGCCCCCAAAUGGGCUUGGUGAUAGAACCUUCUGAGUGCCAGUUUGCCCAACAACCAGAAGAGAGAAAAGAGACUGAAAACAAUGAACCUGGAGUAGAACCUCCAGAUUGCAUCAGACCUAUAUACUCUGGGAAAUUUUUUGAUCGGAUGCCUUGCUGGCCAAGUGCAGGGAAAGUCAUUCCUAUUGGAGACAGAGUUGCAACCUGUUUGACUGAAAAACUUCCUAGGCUAAUUACUCCACCUGAGGCAAAAAAAUUUUUCAACUAUAGAUAUCCACCUGCUGGAGCUGAAAGAGUAUUUUAUGGCAGAGCAAAUGAUCCCCAAAUCGCACCUUAUUUGACACAUGGAAUAAGAUCUAAAACUUCAAUACCGGCAAAGGUAUUGAUAAAUCCACAGCCCAUUACAACAUUUCAACAGAAAAUUAAAGAUAAAAAGGAAUCAGUAUAUUUAAGCAAUCAAAGGGCACCAUUAGGAAAAUCUCAUGAUCAAACACCAGGAUUACCUAAAGGCCUGGAUGUACUCCAUACGACAUUUGGGACAGCAGUCAUCAGAGAAUUAUCUGCUAGAGAUGUAGUGAAUCCACCAAAACCCUAUGAAGAAGUAUGUAAAGAAGGAAAAGAAGGACAUGAUCUGUAUAUUGUUUCUCACAAUGAUUAUUAUGUGGGAGAAGCAAAGAACCGAAAGUAUAACCCAUCAAGUUUCCAUAGGUUUAACUUGUAUGGGGUCCCAACACCACAUUUUAAUGAUGGACGAGCCAUGGCAAAAACUUUAUAUUGGCUCCAUGAACUACAAAUGAAAAGAGGAGCUAAGGUUGUAUCUAAGAGAGUUGAUGAUUUCAAAGAAAAGUUUCAACAUCAACUUGGAAGAGUUUUAGAUCCCAUUGCAGAAACAAUGAAUGUUCCCCCAGACCACACGUUUGGAUCUUGUCUCCAUGCCGAGGAGUAUGGAGCUGGUGAUCUCAUCCAUAACAGACUUCCGGGUGAGUAUCUUCGAGGCAAGGAUAGACAGAGAGCCCUGAUUGCAGCAGUGCGACACCACCUCAAGAAAGUUAACUACCAGAACUUUGACACUUUGCUGGCAGCCUUCAGGCACUAUGACAAGAAUGGAGACGGGGCGAUUGAUAAAGCUGAGCUUCGGGAGGCUUGUGAUCAGGUCAGCUUGCACUUAGAUGAGACGCUCCUGGCCCAGCUAUUUGACUACUGUGAUGUGGAUAAAGAUGGACUGAUUAACUACCUAGAGUUUGCAAAUUUUCUUAACUGGAAAGAUAAAAUGCCUCUGAAAGAGUAUGAAGAGAGGGUCAUUAUUAAAGGUAGAAAACCAGAUUAUGCAAACCCUGCGGAGGCUAAUAUUGAAGAAUCUGAACCAACUCUCCUGAUAAAGCCAGAAGAUACUGUCUUAAAAGAACCAGGGAGCUCAGAAAAGACUCUCCGGACACUUCUGAGGCCAAGUGAUAAAGUUUCUAAUCACUAUAAGACAACUUCUUCUGAGAUCAAUGCGGUUGUAGGAGCUGUUCCUUCUCUUUGUUAUCCCAUCUAUGGUGUUCCAACCAUUCGGUCUGAUAUCCCUGCCCCCCGAAUUCGUCGCAUCAGUGAUAGAACUAAUUAUGGUGAAGAGGGCAAUGCCUAUUCAUUACUACACCCUACCAUCUUUGGCCAGAAAGGAGUGUUUGAAAGAGACUUCUUCAAGACAAGAUCUAAAAAAGAGAUUGCAGAGAUAUUAUGUAACAUUGGUGUCAGGCUUUCUGAUGAAGAAUUUGAAAAUGUAUGGAAUCUUGCAUCAAAAAAACAUCACAGAGGAGAAGUUUCUGUAGAGACCAUCAGAAAUGUUCUGGAUGAGCUACAACAUGCAGACCGGAUCAAGUGUAAAACAACCAUGUGAUAUUUUUGGAGUUCAUUCAUUUAAAAAAAGAAAUGUUAAAUCUGUGUUCAUUAAAAUGUUGAGUCCAUUCUGGUUUUAGAUAUGUUAGAUGUCAGUAGUCACUGAAGUAGGACUCAUAUGCCUAUGUGUAUUGCUAAUAAAUUUGAUUUGGGAUUUUAA